UCAGGGAGGAGCAGUGCGGCGGCGCGGGCGGCCGUCGGGGCUGGGCGGCGGCGGCACUAAGAGGGCCCGGUUUGUGGGAGCCAAGGUGGGAGCCGGCCUCGGCGCGCGGCCACCAUGUCCGCGCCGUCGGAGGAGGAGGAGUACGCGCAUCUGGUGAUGGAGGCACAGCCGGAGUGGCUGCGCGCCGAGGUGAAGCGGCUGUCCCACGAGCUGGCCGAGACCACGCGUGAGAAGAUCCAGGCGGCCGAGUAUGGGCUGGCGGUGCUCGAGGAGAAGCACCAGCUCAAGCUGCAGUUCGAGGAGCUCGAGGUGGACUAUGAGGCCAUCCGCAGCGAGAUGGAGCAGCUCAAAGAGGCAUUUGGCCAAGCACACACAAACCACAAAAAGGUAGCUGCUGAUGGUGAGAGCCGGGAGGAGAGCCUGAUCCAGGAGUCAGCCUCCAAGGAACAGUACUACGUGCGGAAGGUGCUAGAGCUGCAGACAGAGCUGAAGCAGCUGCGCAAUGUCCUCACCAACACCCAGUCUGAGAAUGAGCGCCUCACAUCUGUGGCCCAGGAGCUAAAAGAGAUCAACCAGAAUGUGGAGAUCCAGCGUGGCCGCCUGCGCGAUGACAUCAAGGAGUACAAGUUCCGGGAAGCCCGUCUACUUCAGGACUACUCAGAGCUGGAGGAGGAGAACAUCAGCCUGCAGAAACAAGUGUCUGUGCUCAGGCAGAACCAGGUGGAAUUUGAGGGCCUCAAGCAUGAAAUCAAGCGCCUGGAGGAGGAGACCGAGUACCUCAACAGCCAGCUGGAGGAUGCCAUCCGGCUUAAGGAGAUCUCUGAACGGCAGUUAGAGGAGGCGCUGGAGACUCUGAAGACAGAGCGGGAGCAGAAGAACAACCUCCGCAAGGAGCUGUCGCACUACAUGAGCAUCAACGACUCCUUCUACACCAGCCACCUGCAGGUGUCCUUAGAUGGCCUCAAGUUCAGUGACGACGCCGUCACUGCUGAGCCCAACAAUGACGCUGAAGCCCUGGUCAAUGGCUUUGAGCAUAGUGGUUUGGUCAAAUCCUCGCCCGACAACAAGACGUCCACACCCAGGAAGGAUGGCCUGGCUCCACCCACCCCGAGCCUCGUUUCCGACCUGCUCAGUGAGCUCCACAUAUCUGAGAUCCAGAAGCUGAAGCAGCAGCUGGUACAGAUGGAGCGAGAGAAAGUGGGCCUACUAGCAACACUGCAGGACACACAGAAGCAGCUGGAGCAGGCUCGGGGGUCGCUCUCUGAGCAACAGGAGAAGGUGAGCCGCCUCACAGAGAACCUUAGCGCUCUGCGGCGCCUGCAGGCCGGCAAGGAACGGCAGACUUCCCUGGAUAACGAGAAGGACCGUGAUAGCCACGAAGAUGGUGACUACUAUGAGGUGGACAUCAAUGGGCCUGAGAUCCUGGCCUGCAAGUACCACGUGGCUGUGGCUGAGGCUGGCGAACUCCGGGAGCAGCUCAAGGCAUUGCGCAGCACACACGAAGCGUGUGAGGCCCAGCAUGCUGAAGAGAAGGGUCGCUACGAGGCUGAGGGCCAGGCACUUACGGAGAAGGUCUCUCUGCUAGAGAAGGCUAGCCACCAGGACCGAGAGCUGUUGGCCCAGCUGGAGAAGGAGCUGAAGAAGGUGAGCGAUGUGGCUGGUGAGACCCAGGGCAGCCUGAAUGUGGCUCAGGAUGAGCUGGUGACCUUUAGUGAGGAGCUGGCCAACCUCUACCAUCACGUGUGUAUGUGCAACAAUGAGACUCCCAACCGCGUCAUGCUGGAUUAUUACCGUGAGGGCCAGGGCAAGGCUGGCCGCACCAGCCCUGAGGGCCGAGGGCGCCGUUCACCUGUCCUUUUGCCCAAGGGGCUGUUGGCCACAGAGGUGGGCCGAGCAGAUGGUGGGACUGGGGACAGCAGCCCCUCACCCAGCUCUUCACUGCCGUCACCGUUGAGUGACCCCCGCCGGGAACCUAUGAACAUCUACAACCUGAUCGCCAUCAUCCGAGACCAGAUCAAGCACCUACAGGCAGCCGUAGACCGUACAACUGAGCUGUCCCGGCAGCGAAUGGCCUCACAGGAGCUGGGCCCUGCCGUGGACAAGGACAAGGAGGCACUCAUGGAGGAGAUCCUCAAGCUGAAGUCACUUCUGAGUACCAAGCGGGAGCAGAUCACCACACUUCGCACCGUGCUCAAGGCCAACAAGCAGACGGCUGAGGUGGCCCUCGCCAACCUGAAGAGCAAGUAUGAGAACGAGAAGGCCAUGGUGACUGAGACCAUGAUGAAGCUUCGCAAUGAGCUGAAGGCCCUCAAGGAAGACGCAGCCACCUUCUCCUCAUUGCGCGCCAUGUUUGCCACCAGAUGUGACGAGUACAUCACACAGCUGGAUGAGAUGCAGAGGCAGCUGGCUGCUGCAGAGGACGAGAAGAAGACUCUGAACUCCCUGCUGCGCAUGGCCAUCCAGCAGAAGCUGGCGCUCACCCAGCGGCUGGAGCUGCUGGAGCUGGACCAUGAGCAGACCCGCAGGGCCCGCAACAAGGCCACCCCCAAGGCCAAGCCAGCCUCACCGAGCCUGUAGAGUAGCUGCUGGGAGGACGUGGCCACCGGCCCUGUCACACUGCAGCCCCUCCCCUUUCCCCUCCCAUGGCCUAUGCAGAGGAAGGAAGGGCAGCCUAAAGUCUACUUAGAGAUGUUUGGAUAUGCCACUGUAAUUCUUUUCAAAAUAGCAUUCCCCAAGUUUUUAAUGGGAGGAGGGGAAAAAAAAAAAAAAAAAAAAAAAAAAGCUUUACCAUUGAGAGUGCUGCGAGCUGCUGCUUGGAAAGGCUGUGUACAGCCGAAGAACCUGCUUCUGAAACCACUGCCAGGCCCUCUAGGGCCUGCUGGACCGCCUGCCAUGGGUGGGUGGGGGAGUCCCCUCCUUAUUACACAUGCUCCUUUUUUAUCCGAUCAACCUGUGCACUUUUGAUAUUUUGAUAUUAUAUUUGCUUCCUUAAUUCCUUGCGUAGAGACGGUCUCCGAUGCCGUGGUCUGUGCUCAUGGUCCUGUAGCUGUCCGUCCUAGCUCUGGCGUGUUGAUCUGGCGUCAGCACGAGGCAGAGCUGUGCUCCAUAGUGUGUAGCUAGACUGCAGGUGAGGCUUCGACCCGGCAAGGAGCUGGCUAGUGUAUCCACGCUGUGGUUCAACAGCCUUUAGAGGACACGGCAUUGUGUGGUUCACGUUUGAAAUUACAGAUUUUAAAUGCCAUGUUCAUUAAGAAAUCCAGGGUAUUCCAAUUCUGGGGUUUUUCAUAUUGUAUUAUUAUUAUUCUUAGGAAUAGUUCAACGUAACAAGAAGAAAACUUGACCUUUGCUCUGGUUAAAACAGUAAUAGGCACUUGAAAGCAUAAAUUAUUGAAUGAGUAGUAUUACCUACAAAUUCCAGAAUUUUCUGGGUUUUAGGACAUUGUGAAGCAUGACUGACUAACAGAAUUUUAUACAACUGCACCAGUGAAAUUCCAAAUUGGAAUUGUUUUGUUAUUCUGGUUGUUGUGCCAAAUUGUGGUACACUUAGAAAAUUCUACAGUUGUCGAUUUUUAGGGUGUUCUAUUUCAACACCUUUUUGUUAGUAACCAUUGCCAGUAGUGCCUUCAUCAGUUAAGGGAGGUGUCCCAGCCAAGCAAGCUCUCUACAAUAGGCAGCGGAGAGCUAGUUGGGAAUGCUGAAGGCCAGCGUGGACCAACAGGUAGGAGCGGGUACCUGGCUCACUUCGUACCUGGGCAUCUUCAUUGAGGGAGAGAGAACCGAGAUUGUGCAAAAUUCUGUUAGUCAGUGAUUCUUCACAUGCAAAUUCAGGGGCUUAGAAACAAAACAGACACAAACACCUGGAGUGUGCUUUGGGAACCAAAUGGACUUCAUGGGACACACUAAGCAAGCUGUACAAACAUCACGUUUGUGAAGAGCCGAGGGCGUCAGGAGAGCCGGCGAUGCAGUCGGCUGUGAGUAGGGAAGAGGGUUAGCCAUAGUAUUCUUUGCAAAUGUGAAAAGGAGACAUUAUCUCUUCUCUUGCUUGGUGUAACUAAUCACUGUUAAUUUCAGGAAACAGAAGUCACUAAAACUCCUUAGCAAACUGCUUGCUAAGUGAGGUUCAGGGUAUGGUCCAA